GCCUCUGUUUCCGGCCCUUAGCUUAGCUUGCUAGCUGUGAGCAGCAGCGUUCGUGUCUGUGACUCUUUGGUUCUUUUGUUGUUUUGUGACGGAGUUUGUUUUAGAAAAAGUUGGUGUCGUUGUGUGAAAAUGUCUAAAGUCCAAAUGCUGAGAGCGUUGGUGAAGCAGCGACUAACUGCGGCUGCUGAAGAGAUAUUUGGGCUGUUUGAAAGAACCAUAGCAGAGUACGAGGAGGAACUUUGUCGUUCCAAAGAGGAGAACCACCGACAGCGACACCUGCUGGACGCCGUCUUUAACCCUGAAGAUGUGCAGCAGGUGGUUGUGAAAGAAACUGACCAGGUGGACUGGAGCUCCAGGCUGGACCCGGAUGAACCCCAGAGCACACACAUCAAGAAGGAACCUGGUCCACUCCAGAUCAGGACGGGUGGGGAUCUGCUACGCGGUCUGGAGGAGGUUGAUUUCACCAACUUCACAUUAUCUCAUGUCCCUGUAAAGAGUGAAGAGGAUGAAGACAAACUUCAUCCCUUGCAGCUCCCUCAAAGCCAAACUGAAGCAAACGGGGAGGCAGAGCCUCGAGACAGCAGUUCAGCUGAACACAAGAAAGAUGACAGUGGAAACCCCGAACCAAAUGCAGACUUGGAUGCUAAUGGUCAUUUGCAACAAGUUACUAAUAUCAUACUGUUUGACUUUUCUGACCCGGAGAUGGAACACAGCGUUGAUUUGAAAAAUGUCAGUGAACCGCAGUCAGCUUUCAACUCCCAGAAACAUGAAGUGUCUGUCAGUGACCAGCAUAGUCCUGCUGGGGAGAAACCAUUUCGCUGCUCUCACUGCAGUAAAAGAUUUGGCCUAAAGGGCAGUCUGAGUGCACACAUGAUUACUCAUACAGGAGAGAAACCAUUUAGCUGCUCUGAGUGUGGGAAAAAAUUUGGCCGCAAGUGUCAUCUGAAGCACCACAUGGUUUGUCACAGUGACCAAAAACCAUUUCGCUGCUCAGAGUGCAGCAAAAUGUUCAGAUUCAAAAGCAACAUGAAGAGACACAUGAAGACCCACGCAGAAGAAAAACCAGUACGAUGGCCAGUUUGUAGGUAAAGACAUCAUCAUGAAUCAAUCACACUGCUGUGUUACUCAGAAUCACCUUUGUCAUUGCACAGCAAAUCAGCACAACAAAUAUUUGCUUGUGCAUCCUCGAAAACAAUGCCCACCCUCACACAUACGAGGGUACGCUGAAAAGGCUCACUAUAAUGCAGUUAAUGCAUUACUCCUUCAUGGGGAGCCUUAGAACUUUUCAGCCUACCCUCGUACUUCAAUAAAUGUUAAGAACAUCAGGAGAUUGGGGGGUGGGGGGUGAGGCGAGCUCAGAGAACUGUAAUUUGCACCAUUCCAGUUAGACAUUUAUCUCACUAAUCCCACACUGUCUUUGUCCCAUAUUGCACGUCCCAUGCCACGCAAUAAUCAUGCUGUCUAAUCAGCAUCUUGAUCUGCCACACCUGACGGGGGGCAUGGAUUAUCUCAGCAAAGGAGAAGUGCCCACUAACACAGAUUUAGACAAAUUUGUGAACAAUAUUUGAG